AACUAGUAGUCUCAGUUUAGAGAAAUCGAUCGUAAUAGAUGGUGUGUUUGUCCUGUGAAAUGUCGUUGAAGUUAAUUUUAAUAGUACCAAUUUUAUGGAUUACCACUGAUGCUGCACGCAUCCUUGUAGUUAUUCCAGAGCCAUCUUACAGUCAUCAGGUGGCUUUCAGACCAUUAACCGUGGAACUGGCUCGAAGAGGUCAUGAGCUGACCGUUUUUACGCCGGCCCCCAUAAACGAUCCCACUCUUCAAAAUUACACCGAGGUGAAAUUGAGUUAUUGCUCUUACGAAAUGAUCGAUUCAUUUGACCUCUUAGGAUUCGCUAAAUUAGGGGUAUGGCCGCUUCUGGACGCAUUUUAUCGACGUAACGAAAAAAUGACUGACAGUGCUCUAUCCAAUCCCAUCAUGCAGCGGCUGAUAUCGUCCAAUAGCACCGAAAAGUUUGACUUGAUCAUCGUCGAACACCUGUUUUACGAUGCGUUUUACGCACUAUCGUACCGCUUCAACGCAUCGCUGAUCGGACUAACGUCGCUACCGAUUAUGGCUUUUCAUCACUACACAUUCGGCAAUCCCAUAUUGUGGGCUUAUUUGCCGGAUUUGUUGGCGAAUACUUUGGAUGAAGAUAUGAAUUUGGCGGACCGUUUUCUCAAUGCGUACUACUACAUUCGUCAAAUAUAUUGGCAUCGAUAUACGAUUAUACCCGUGCAGGAGAAGAUGGUGAAAAAAUAUUUUGGGGACAAUAUGCCACCCGCUCAUGAGCUUGUCUCGAAUAUGGACUUGCUUCUGGCCAAUUUUCAUCCUUUCCUUUACCCACACGCGAACGUUCCUGGGAUCAUUCCCAUAAAAGGAUCUCGUCAAAUCAAUCAGAGGAACCACAAUCUACCACAGGAUCUGAAAAAGAUAUUGGACGACACGAAGGAAGGAUUUAUAUAUUUCAGUUUAGGCUCAAACAUAAAAAGUAGUUUUCUAUCUGCCGAAAGACUUGCCAUGUUUCUGGAAACCUUCAAAAAAUUACCCUACAUCGUAUUGUGGAAGUAUGAGUCCGAUCUCCUGGAUCAACCAAACAACGUCAUCACGAGAGAAUGGUUGCCGCAGCAUGCAGUUCUAGCACAUCCGAACGUACGGCUCUUCAUGUAUCAAGGAGGCUUACAGAGUACCGAGGAAACGAUGGAGAAUGGAGUACCCGUGAUUGGCCUUCCCGUUUUCGCCGAUCAACAUUAUAACGUAAAACAACUGGAGAAUCAUGGAGCGGGAAAAAGACUCAUCAUUACCGACGUGAACGAAGACGAGCUCACAGAGGCCAUAAUUGAGGUCAUUACGAAUUCCAGUUACAAGAAUAACAUGCUAAAGCUGCGCGACCUGCUGCAUGAUUUGCCGUACGAUCCGUUGAACAAUGCUAUUUGGUGGAUCGAGCAUGUCAUACGUCACAAAGGAGCACGGCAUCUUCGGAACAAGUCGCGAGAUAUGCCCUGGUACAAGACUCAACUAUUGGACAUGCUAGCGAUUGUACUCAUAUCACUUGCCCUCUUUGCAUAUAUCAUUGUAGUGAUUACACGUCUCAUUUUUCGAAUUGUCAAACUCAUGCCCACGUGGAAAAAACCAAUAUUCAGCACGAAAAAGCAACAAUAGACAUCUUUAGUGUGAAUUAUAAUGAAAGAUGUGUUUGUACUUUCCCGAGAAAAAAUAGACUUAUAUAAUUUAUAUAAGAUCAUAUAUAAUUAAAACCAAAAUUUCUGCCGCACGAUAUAUGAUCUGGCCAUAUAUAAUCAAAUCCGAAAUUUGGUGCAACAUGAUCUGAUCAGAUAUAAUAAUAUCUGAAAUUUAGCCUGAUAUAAUCUUAUCUUUAUAUAAUCAUAUUUGACUAGAUAUGAUUAUGUAUGAAAACAGAUAUAGCCGUAUAUAAUUAUAUAAAGAUAAGAUAAUAUCGCACCAAAUUUCAAAUAUUAUUAUAUACAAUCGUAUAAAAUGACAUAUAUUACCAGAUCUUUUCAUAACUAAUUAUGUAUAUUUACAUCUGACCAUAUUACACUCAUUUUUUCUCGAGUUGUGUUAUUUUUUUUCAUCCGAGAUUAUACCUUGCAUUUCGCGCGAUAAAAAAAUGGAUAAUAACAAAAUAAAGAAUUUUAAUAACGGUCGAACGAUGAAUUAAUAAAUCAAUAUAUUCGAAUUGCAAUACAAUUAUGUAGAAACGUUUGCACGACACGUGAACUACCUCCACUUUUUUUAUGUUGUCGACUAUAUCGGGAUGAAAUUUCUCGUUUCUUUUUUUUUGUAUUGUAGUAAAACCGCCGAUGUUUCAUUCUCGAUUUCACACGGAUAUAACAAUGUCUAGAAAAAUACUUUAUUUCCUCGUACAAUAAAGCAAUAUUCUAGCA